GAUGCCAUUCCGGCUCCUAAAGGCUCCCCCGGAACGACGACGACGGCAGAGCUAAGCGCGCGGCGACCCUGCGAUGCCGCGCGUUCUCAUGGCGUCGGCCGUGCGUCUGGCCUCAUCCCCGGCGGGGGGCCGCCGGCGCCGGAUGCGCCGCCGCCGCAGUCUUCGGCGCCACCCCCGCCGGUGGCUUCCUCGUCUUCCCCUCCGCCGCCGACACCAUCGCCGCCUCAGCACCCGCCGCCGCCGGAGAAGCGGUCCCCACCGCCUCCGGCGCCGUUCGAGCAACAUUUGAUAAAGACGCCUCCGAGUCCGCCGGAGAAGUCGACGACGACGUCCCCGCCUCCUCCUGCUUCGCCUCCACCCUCGCCGCCGCCGCCGACGAGCCAGUCCCCUCCUCCCCCUUCCCCGUCGUCGCCGCCCCCGUCACCUCCUCCAGCGCCGCCGCCGCCCGAGACAUCAACGCCACCGUCGACAACACAAUCGCCGCGCCAAUCGCCGCCGGAAUCGAGCACGGAGCCGCCACCCACAUCCUCAGCCGCGACACCUCCACCUCCCCAAACUGCCACGUCCGGCUCCGGGUCAAAAGCACCGCCGCCACCGCACGAGGCGCCGUCGACGCCGGGAAUGCCGCCAGGCACCGACGCCCAGCCGCGCCAUCCCAGGGGGGACUCCUUCCUCGGUGACGCAGAUGCUGCCACCUCCAAUGGCCCUGACGGUGAUCAUGCCAGGCUCCGGCACACCUGCGGGCAUGUGGACGGGCCCGCCUGGCUCCGCCGCGACGACCGCUCCGCCGCUGGGUCCCCCGGCCGGAAGCUCCGGCCGCAUCAGCUUGAAGACCGAGGAGCUCGUUGGGAUCUCCGUGGGCGGGCUCAUCCUGACACUGGCCUCGCUGUGCAGACGUGGUCUCGGCGGACGCGAACGACCCGGCGGCGGCGGCGUCGCCGGCGAGCGGGGCGAGCUCGUACGACCUGUCGGGGUCCAAGACGUGGUUCACGUACGAGGAGCUGACGGGGAUCACGGGCGGGUUCGCGGCGGCGAACGUGAUCGGCGAGGGCGGGUUCGGGAUGGUGUACAUGGGCGCGCUGGGC